ACAACAUGGAGGAGCGAGAAGCGCUGCAGCGACAGAUCGAGCUUCUUCAGGAUCUCAUCAAUAAACACAAGAGUGUCCAUGGUGAUGCUCCGUUCCCAGAAGCUGAGCAGACGCAUGUAGCAGCUCCAACGUUCACCAGGGUCAGAGGUCACAGCACAUCUGAGGUCCAUCCUUACAGCUCCAGAGGGAGAACCUUUGCUCCUCAGACUCGAGGGAGUUGGAGAGGAAGACACUCGCUGAGGAACAAGAAUCAUGAAACCUCUCUCGGACAUCCAGCGUCUGUUAGCUCCUCCUCCACUGGGCAUCAGUCUGGUUCCCGACCUGAAACCCGCAGCGUCCUCCUGCCCAGCCACCGCAGAGGAGAGGAAGGAGAUGAAACCAAGACAUCUUCUCUAUUGUCAGGCAUUGCCCAACAGAAGAAAGAGGCACAUGUGAGCAGCACCACAGGGAUUAGAGAAGAUGCUUCAAGGAAACCAUCCACAGAUGAUCUUCAUAAAAGUUCGAAAGGCACGAGCUUGAAACAUGAAACUCAACACAGACAGACUCAAGGAUUUGAGCAGAAGACUGAAACCAGGCAGGUUGUUCCAGAGGAGAUGGCAGGUGUUUCUUCAGAGGCAUCUUCUCCAGUAAAGAUCAGAACCCAAGUCCAGAUCAAACCUUCCCUGAUCAGCAAACCCAGCAGGAAACCGACUCCAGUAGUUCCUACAACUGGUGAUGUCACAUUACUGCCCCCUGCUGUGUCUGAGGGAGCGAAACCAUCUUCCAAGACUCUUCUGAAAAAGUCCAAGUUCACGUGGGUGAAGACUCAGAACUCGGGAGGAGUGGAGUCCAGAGCAGCUAGUUCUGUGUCUUCAUCCCCAGGGAAGGUUGUGUAUGUCUCCACAGCCUCAGCAUCUAAAGCUUCCAGUGGAGGUUCCCCCUCAUCCAGCAAGAGAACUCCAGUCAGGAAGUUACCUCGAAAGCUGAGCCCAGUCACCAUCGCCCAAAGGACCUCCAAGUACAAGUGGGUCUCCUCCUCCGCUGGAGCCCAAGCCAAGACGUCUCGAAAACCUCUGUCACCCAAAGUCCUGACUCUCCCUCAGAGAGCUUCAGAGAAGGGAGAGGCCACCAGGAGAAUCAGAUCGGCCUCCGCUCCCUGUGGCAAAGUGAAACGGAGCAGCAGCUCCACGCCCAGCAGCCGGUACCGCUGGAAGGCCGGGAGCCAGAGUUCCCCCGGGGCUGUUAGUGCCGGGCCGGCAGCAGCUCGUCGCAGAUCCGCCUUCCACUGGACGGCAGAGAGAAGUAACAGGGGGAUGAAAGGAGGGCUGGUUGCUUCUCCAUCUCCACCUCAACGAGCAUCACCCCCCUCCUACUCCCCUGGGGGUUUCAAGCUCCGCAGCAGGAUGAAAAUCAUAAGGAAGUCCGCAAACAGCGCCGGCGGCUCGGAGAGAGGAAGCAGCUCGUCAGCAGCAAAGUUCUCCCCCCGGAGCCGGUCCCACACCUGGACCCGGACCCCCUCGGGAGUGAAGAGGACGCCCUCCAGGGAGCUGGUGUCGUUUGGUCGACACAAGCUGAGGCGACUCUCUCCCGCCUCAUCAAGGACGAGUCCCGCCUCCUCCUCUCCCUCCCACUGUGGCCCCGCCUCCCAGCGGGUGUUCAGGACACGCUACAAGAUGGUGACCCGCCCGGGGCCCGGCUCUGCCCACAACCACCAUUACAACCCGGCCCUGUCCUGGAGGGCCAAGAGGAUCCAGACGGCCAGGAGUUUCCUCCAGAACCGCCUCCGCCCCCCCCACGACAGACACCCGUCGCACGCCCCUCACUGGAGAGGGAGCAGCAUGUGCUGGAUCGGUGAAUCCCUGUACCGGGUGUCGGCCAAUAAGCUGUCCCGCACGGUGGCGUCCAACAUGUCCAUCAGCCGAGCAGGACGGUUCUCCAGCCCCCCCGGCUCCAGUCCUGCUUGGACCCGACCCUCCAGCACUCGUCACUUAGCCAGUCGAGCAGUCCAGCGAAGCCUGGCCAUCAUCCGACAUGCUCACCAGAAGAAGCAGGAGAAGCAGUACUGCAUGUACUACAACCGCUUCGGCAAGUGUAACCGCGGCAACACCUGUCCCUACAUACACGACCCGGACAAGGUGGCCGUCUGCACAAGGUUUCUGCGCGGGACGUGCAAGCAGGCGGAUGGGACGUGUCCGUUUUCCCAUAAGGUUGCGAAGGAGAAGAUGCCCGUGUGCUCUUACUUCCUGAAGGGAACCUGCAACAACAGCGAGUGUCCCUACAGCCACGUCUACGUGUCCCGCAAUGCCCAGGUCUGUGAGGACUUCGUCAGAGGCUACUGUCCAGAGGGAGAGAAGUGCAAGAAGAAACACACUCUGGUGUGUCCCGACUUCUCCAAGUCCGGCUCCUGCCCGAAAGGAAAAGGCUGUAAGCUGCAGCACCGGCAACGAGCCAAACAGAGCUCCGGCCCCGGCGUCCCACCGAGGAGAGGACGCCCCAAGGAUCCCAGCAGGAGGCCUCGUCUGUCCGUGGUCAUGCCCGACGCUCUGCAGACGUCUCCGCUCACGCCCACCAGAGGUCCUCUGGCUCUGCCGUCCUUCAUCUCCCUCUCCAGCUCCCCCGAGGAGCCGGACACCCCCGACCCGCUGCCGGACAAGACCGCCCAGGUUAAAGAGAAAAAGCUGCAGAUCAAACCUCGGCUGUGAGACGAGGACGAGCACCAUGUCUCCAGGUUUGUCUGCUGGUUGUGUCUCUGCCUCUGAACUGUUUUAACUCAGAGCUUUUAUCACUUCAGGUUUAUCACAUCACGUUGAAUGUUUACAACAGGAACUCAGAUCAGGUUUUGUAAGUCCAAGAAAAAGACAAAUAAAGUUUGAAUUUUACCGUG